AAUGUUUUCCUAAAUUAUGCUCUUCAUUUAUAUAUGUUUUACGUGCGUGUAUUUUUCUGUAGACUGAUUUCGCAAAAAUUUGUUUUUUUUCAUCAAAAUGAAGAUCGAACAAAUCAGAAAUGAUUUAUUUGAUAUCUAUCGACAAUCAGAUGCUCGAGGUUUAAAACAAAGUGCCAAAUGGGCUGCCGAAAUGUUACGAUCGAUCAAGAAUCAAACGCAGGUGAAAACCAAAUGUUUUCUAUCGAUUAAUGAUUUAAAUAAUACAUUCGAACAACCGAUGGAACAAAGUCCCAUUGUUGAUAAUCAACUGAUCAAUGAUCCGGAUUAUUUAUUCGCCAAAAGUGUUUUUGGUUGCGGGGAGUACAAACGUGCCGCUUUUCUAUCACAGAAUUUGAUUGAUUCAUCAGCAGAAUCUCGUUUUAUUCAUUUCUAUUCGGAAUAUUUAGCCAUUGAAAAAGAAAGACAAGAUCGUAUGAUUGAACCAACAUCAGUGGUACCUAAUUAUCUUCAUCGAUCAUUCAUUGAGCUAAAAAAUCAUAUUGAAAAAUUAUUUCAACAAAAUGAUGUCGCUUCAAAGGACGGCUAUAUGCAUUAUCUUCAUGGAAUCGUUUUAUUGAAAUUGGGUCUCAAUAAAGAAGCUUUAGAUGCUUUAUUCAAAAGUGUACGCAUCAAUCCAUUAUGUUGGUGUUCAUGGCAUCAAAUGACACAUGUUAUUGUUGAAGAAUCACAAAUGUCAAAUCUAGUUUUACCGGAUCAUUGGAUUAAAUAUUUCUUUUUGGCUGCCGUUUAUUUGGAAAUCAAAUCAAAUGAAGAAUCACUAUAUAUUUAUCAAGAUUUAUUAAAAACUUUCGAAGAUAAUGCCUAUAUUCGUACGCAAAUGGCUAUUGUUAAUAAUAGCCUUAGAAAUUUCGAUGAAGCAAUCAAAUUAUUUGCUAUUGUACGAUCUAGUGAACCUCAUAAAUUGGAUGCAAUGGAUAUCUAUAGUAACCUGUUGUACUGUAAAGAAUUACAAACUGAACUCAGUUCACUUGCACAUUUAUCGAAUAAAAUUGAUCCAUAUCGUGUAGAAACCUGUGUUUGUAUUGCAAAUUUUUACAGUCUUCGUGGACAACAUGCAAAAUCUGUCGUUUACUUUUCAAGAGCAUUACAAUUGAAUCCUAAAUAUCUGUCCGCAUGGACAUUAAUGGGGCAUGAAUAUAUUGAAUUAAAGAAUAUAAAUGCUGCUAUACAAGCAUAUCGUUCGGCAAUCAAAUGUAAUGAACAAGAUCAUAGAGCCUGGUAUGGACUUGGUGAAGCAUAUGAAAUACUCAAAAUGCCCACCUAUAGCCUUUAUUAUUAUUCAAAAGCUUUGUUCCUGAAACCUAAUGAUACUCGAUUUAUAUUGGCACUUGGAGAAACAUUUGAAAAAAUUUCCCGCUAUGAAGAAGCAGCCAAUUGUUAUGCUAGAGCCGGAUUCUCAUCAUUGAUCAAAUUGGCCAAUCUUUAUGAACGUAUGAAUGAAGAACACAAAGCAGCUGUCAUUUACAAUGAAUUUGUUACGAAUUUUGAAGCCAAAAAAUCCCAAUAUAAAUUGAAUAUUUCGGAUCUUGCCAAUGCAUAUAAAUAUCUUGCACAUUAUUUUCAUCGAAACAAACGAUAUAAAGAAUCACAUGCGGCCGCACAGAUUUGUAUGUAUUUUAAUGAAUGUCGUGAUGAUAUCAAAGAAUUGCUUAUGACAUUGGAUGGUGUUUUUAAAAUGCCAGCUAAACCAUCGGCCACACAGAAAAAUUGAUCUCAUUCAUCCAUUGAAUCAUCAUCAUCGGUCGUUUUUGUUGCAGUUGAACAUUCAUGUACAUCCAUCGGAAUCUUGUCACCCCAACGUGCACUUUUUAUGCAUUUAUAAACAUGUCUAUAUAAUAAAAUAUUUUCAUUAGUAAAAUUUUUUAUAUUGAAAUGAAUUAAAAUUCAACAUCUUUUUUCAUUUA